GCGGCGUGUGACGUCAUGCGCUCAGACUGCAGCUGAAGGGAGGUUUGUGUCUGCGGUUUAAGGUGUAUAAAUAGUUACAAAACAUUCUAAAGUAGUUUCCUGUAAUUCACAAAUGUUUUGCAGAAUUGCUGAAAGCAUUCGAAGUAACAUAUAUUAUCUUAAUGUAUGUAUAUCAUCAUCGCCAUAAAAUGAUAUAGUAAUGUUGUUUGUAAAUGGUGUUGGUCUCGUAAUUGGCAUCGUUUAUGACAGUAAAGCGCAUCAGGAACAGGGGUUUAUUUUACAUCGUUGCUUCAUAACGUUAAAAUAUCCCCAUGAUCUCAGAUGUGACACAGUCUGGCUUCCAACAGGCAGGAAAACACCCAGGUUUAACAUCUGCAUUAGAUUAUUGUGAAGAUGGAGUUUGUUAAAGAGAAGAGAGAAGGCAUGAGUGAUGAAGAAGACACAUGCGGAGAGGAAGAGGAAGAAAAUAAGCAGAGAGGCCUGAUGGAAGUGAAAGAGGAGCGUCACGAGAUAAAUGAAGUGGAGGAGAAAGAUCAGCAGGAGGAACCUCAUCAGUUCAUAAAUGCAAAACAGUCUUGUAGUUGUUCACAGAAUGAUAAUAAUCAAUCACAAGAAACAUCUCAAAGAACAGAAGCCAAAAACCUGUUCACCUGCUCUCAGUGUGGAAAGAGUUUCACACGUAAGGGACACCUGAGGAUCCACACGAUCAUCCACACAGGUGAGAGACCAUACACCUGUCCUCAGUGCUCCAAGAGCUUCACCUGCAAAGGAAGCCUGAAGGAUCACUUCAAGAUCCACUCUGGAGAAAAGCCUUUUACCUGUCCUCAGUGCGGAUGGAGUUUUGCACGUCAAGAAGAUCUUAAAAGGCACAUAAGGAUUCACACCGGAGAGAAACCAUUCCCAUGCUCUCAGUGUGGAAAAAGCUUCACUAGUUCAGGAGAUCUGAAGAGACACUUAAGAAUUCACUCCGGAGAGAAGCCUUUCUCCUGCCCUCAGUGCACAAAGAGCUUCACGCAGAAGGAAGGACUGAAGGAGCACAUGAAAAUACACUCCGGAGAGAAGCUUUUCAUGUGUAUGUUGUGCGGGAAGAGUUUCACACAUCAGCGGAGCUUAAAAAGACACAUGAAGGUCCAUUCAGGAGAGAAGCUACACCAGUGUCCUGAAUGCGGCAGGAGGUUUUCAGAGGCCUGCAAUCUCAAAACUCACCUGCUCUCUCACACCGGAGAAAGACCCUUUCACUGUCAGCGCUGCGACAAGAAGUUUUUCCUGGCGGUGCACCUCAAAACACACAUGAGGAUCCACGAGGACGAGCGGCGAUACGUGUGUUCAUUCUGCGGGAAGAGCUUUCUGUGGCUUAAUGGGUUUAAAGACCAUCAGAAAACUCAUAUCGGUGAGAAACCCUACGAGUGUCAGGACUGUGGAAGUACUUUCACUAGAGCCGGUGAACUGAAAGUGCAUGAACGAGUUCACACUGGAGAGAAACCCUACAAGUGUUCCCACUGUGAGAAGAGCUUCACUCAGUCAGGAGCGCUAAAAAUUCAUGAGAGGGUUCACACCGGAGAGAAACCGUACCUCUGUCCGUCCUGCGGGAAAACGUUCAGCCGAUAUGGGAAUCUAGGGAAGCAUUUAAAAAAGGCUUGUCCAAAGCUGAGACAGUGAGGAGGUUCAGCUCCAGGUAUAGGCUCGUCCAUGUGAAUUAAACACUGAUGGGAGAGUUUGGCUUUCAGUGUGAACGAAGAGCCUGUUAGCUGUGACUUGACAAUCCACUAACAAUAGUAAAACAAAUUAUAUUAAAAACAAGAAAGCAAGCAUUUGAAAAGUAACGCAAAAGUAAUAUAAUGCAUUACUUUCCAUAAAAAAUAACUAGCUUCUUUUUUAGGGAGUAAUGCAUUACUUUUGAAAGUAACUUUUCCCAACACUGGUGAGGAGAUUACAGGACAGUGUGUCCUCCAAACAAGAACCUUAAAGGAAUAUUAAGAAAGUAUGUGGGAUUCUGUGAAUGCUACAGAAAUUUUAGGGAUUGCUCUUGUAUUACAAAAUAGCACCUUUUUUUUUUUUUUUUUUUGCACGUGGUAGCAUUUGUCAAACAAUGCCAAUAUGUGUCUUUAUUUAUUUUAUCUUAUCUUAAAAAUGUAAUUUUGUUUAUCAUAGUUCUUCAGAUCUUUGGGGAACUGAAAAGACUUUCACUGAGAUUAUUUAAAAAGAAACUAGACCAGUUGACAGCUCUUAUUAUGUGUUUGUGGAGGAAAUUAGGUGAGUUCUGUAUUCCUUGUUUGUUUUUAUUUGCAAACAUGAAAUUAUUCCACAGAUGCUUACCGUAUAGUUAGACGAGUGAAAAAGUCACGUGAAAGUUUGUACUUAUGUACUUUCAGACGCCUUAAGAAAGAUUCACAAUCAGCCAAUUUCAUCCUUUCCUCUAUUUUGUUAGAGUCACACUCAUGGUCUUCAUGGUCAGAAGUGACCAGACAUCUGAAAUGUUAAAAAAAUGUUUGAGAGAAUUUAAUGGUACUAAUUAAUAUUUAUGCAAUAAUUAAAAUCAAUGUUUUCCAUUGAAAGUAGUACAAUUUUUUUUUCUAUUUUAAGGACUUUAUAGAGAGGCUUGUGAAUUCCCUAGUUGUUUUUAUACAUAGUUUAUUUUGAUUAGGUAGUGGAUUUAAAUGUAUAUUAAGGUAUUCACGAAGACUAGUUUUUGUCAAGGAUAAUUUUUUUUUGUUGUUUUAAAGGCCAUGUUCCAGGUUAACCAACACUGUUGAUUAAUGGGUACAUAAAUCACUCAAGAUAUGUAUAUCAUUUUUACAAUGUCUCAAAAAUGGUCUUAAAGACCAGUUUUAUAAGUUUUUGGUAUUAACAGGGUUUUUUUACGCAACUCAGUGAUGACGUCACGUUGAGGAGAAGUGGAGGAAAGGUAGCCUCAGUCUAGUAUGAUGCAGCGUUCCAGGCAACCCAUAACCCGUGUUUUUCCAACCUUAAACCCGUGAAAGUGCACUGGAACGGCAAUCAAACCCGUGACCCAUCCGUGAACUCGUACUAGAUCGAUGUACUCCGAGUUCUGAUGUCACACAACACGCAAAACAACGAUGACAGCCCCUACGAAUAAUACUGCCUGCUGAUGCAGUGUUUAUGCAAGUGGUACAUGUUGAAAAAACGAUUUUAGGUCAAUGUAACGUUGCAAUAAAAUGUAUAAUCUAGCUACAUUUUCUUGCGCUCAGAAAGUUUGGCGUAACUUGCCUGGAAUGGUACAAAGUCGUUAGUAGUGGUAUGAAAUAGUGAUUACGAGCUCAAAAACCUGCCUGGAACGCAGCAUCAGAACUAUAGCGACUGACUGGGAUGAGGAAGAGGUGGCGAGAGCAAACAUGUAUGAUGACCCGCUGCCGUGUAAUUUCGAUCGAGCCAGCCGUGAGAGGGCAAAUGAGGAAUUGCCAAGAACUGAUGUCCGUCAAAGCCAAUUAAAUGCAUGGUCUGAGGAGAAUGAGUGGAGAGUUGGUGAAGUGUCCUGGUGAGUUGCUAUCAUUUAGCAUCGCAGCAAUGGGCUUUGGUAAAUUCUCUCCCCAAGGUGACGUAAUGCAAUGCAUUGUGGGGGAAAGGAGAAUCGUUGCAAACCGCUGUAAGAUAGUACCUACUUUUUUGUAUUAUAUUCAAUUUUAUGAUACCCAACAACACAAAAUACAAUGGAUAACAGUUUAAAUGUUUAUUACCAACAAGCAAAUUGCACAAAUUCGUUGAAAAAUUAACCCUGCAACACGGCCUUUAAAUGUUGAUUUGAAGUGAAGUGUUUUUUUUAAUUAUUAUUAUUAUUAUUAUUAUUACUACAUUCAAACCUGAACACACAAAGCACUUUGUUACACAAAAUAUUAAAAUUCUAUAAAAAUGUAACAAAAAUUAACAGGAAUGCUUUAUCAAAGCUUAAUCCUUCUGGGUCUGAUCUGAAUUUAACCUCUUAUUUCAGUUCUCAGACUCAUUUGGCUAUAUGGUUAUAGUCGUACUAGUUCAUCUGAGUAUAAUCCUGUAAGUGUGUGUGUGUAAGUGUGUGUGAGUGGAUGUAUCUGUUUUACGCUCUUGAUGUUUUAGUGUAACACCUUCCUUGCUGUCCACUUUGUUUUACUGCUUGUAGUCAAAUUAUUGAUUUUAUUUUACAUAGUUUCAGUGUUACAGUCACACCAGUUCAUAGGUGUGUGUGUACAAGUGUGUGUUUGCGAGUGUGUGAGUUGAUGUGUUGGUUUUGCACUCUAGAAGGUUUAGAUUUUAACCCCUUUAUUGCUGUGCAUUUCUUUUCUGCAUUGAGGGGGAUUUGUAGAUUGUACACUUAAUUUUUUUAUUUAUUUUUUUCAUUUCCCAUUCAUUUCCUAUGAUUGGUCAUUUUUGACCGAAGACCAUGGUUUAACUAUUUUUUUAAACGUCCAUUUAGCUUUUUCCAGUCAUGCCCUCAAUAUUUUUUGUUCACAAACAAAGUGCCAUAGAAGUCACCAAGUGGCGUACCAUUCUGAUGAAGAUAUGUUUUUUUUUUAUUCUAAAUGUAGGAUUAUCCGGUCAGUAAUGACCAAAGACUGCACAAGGUUUACAGGUUCAUCCACCAGAAAACACUUUAAUGAUGUAUGUGUGUGCUUGGACUGGGAGUCCUUUUACAAGAGCACUUUCUUAAUUUAGCAAUUCUUCUCCAGUUUUUACAGUAAUUGAUUUAGUAGACAUUUUUAUCCAAAUGAGGAUUACAGCAGUCAUCAUCUCAUACAUUAACUAUCUGUAUUCAAAAUCAAACAAAAUGUAUGCACUGGGAUUUAUUUUUUUAUUUUUUCAGCAGGAACAUUUCUCUAAUUUAAGGAUUUGUGUGCAAUUUCCUGAAAAUAAACACAUACACAGAGGA